AUGGACGAUAUCUAUUAUUCUGACAAAUACAACGAUGACACUUUCGAAUAUCGCCACGUCAUUUUGCCAAAAUCAAUAGCCAAAUCAUUGCCUGGUCGUCUUUUAUCUGAAGCCGAAUGGCGUCGAAUUGGUGUACAACAAAGUCUUGGAUGGCAACAUUAUUUGAUACAUAAUCCGGAGAAACAUAUUUUGUUGUUUCGACGAAAAAUUGGAUUCAAUAAACAAGAUGAGAAAUUGGCGAGAGAGAAUUUGGAGAAAGAAAUGAGAGAAUAUGAGGCGAAAUAUCAGAGAAUUAAGUGA